AUGCCCCUGUCUGCCCAAACGCAUACAUACAAUGUAAAGUCCCUCUGGCUCGCCCUCUUGCUUGGUGCGCAGAACCCUCUCCCUGGCAGCACGGAAGUCGGCCAUCUGGACACGCAUUCUCCUCUCACGAAGCGCCAUCAGCCCAGCCUCAGAGCAGAUUGCCUUGAUGUCGGCACCAGACAGGUCAUCCUUCUGCGCAAUGAACUCUUCCAAAUCGACGUCCUCGUUGAGAGACAUCUUGGAGGUGUGGAGGGUGAAGAUCUUGCGCUUGGUGUUCUGAUCAGGAUUCUCGAACAAGAUCUUUCUGUCGAUACGGCCGGGUCUGAUCAAGGCCGGGUCAAGCGUCUCAAUCUUGUUGGUGGCCAUAAUGACCUUUACGUCACCACGGUCGUCGAAACCGUCGAGCUGGUUGAGCAGCUCCAACAUGGUACGUUGGACCUCGCGCUCGCCUCCGGAUGUUGA